CUAGUAAUAAUAGUAGCUAGCUAGCUCUCGUUUCUCGUGGUCGUAAAGAGCAGAGGAGGGAGAUCCAUGUGUUUUCUAGACCUACUGUGUUGCUGUGUGGGUCCCGCGGCCUGUGGCCUGUGCUGCGGCGGCUGUGGAGGGAAGGCGAAGAGCUCCAUCCUUACUCGCCUCCUCUACCUCUCCUUUCUCGUCGUUAUCGUCUUGGUAUCCGCUAUCCUUUUAGCUCCAGACGUUCAGACGGCCUUAGAGAAGGAUGCCAAAGUGCUGUGCGUCAACUACAACCGGUCUGUGAGCGUCCCGUCGAAUGUCGUGACGUUUCCGACGGCCACCGUGUCAGUGGACCGGCUCCUGAACUGCAACCAGUUCAUCGGCUACCUUGCGGUGUACCGUGUGUGCAUGGGAGUGGCGUCGUUCUUCCUGGUCAUGAUGCUCAUGAUGUUCUGUGUCUUCAGUAGCAAAGACCCUCGCUCUUACAUUCAGAACGGGUUUUGGUGCAUCAAGUGGGUAAUUGUGCUUGGCGUUGUCGUCGCCUAUUUCUUUAUCCCGGACGGCAACAACCUUGCUUUCUCACGAACUGCAAUGGCCUUUGGACUGAUUGGUUCCUUCUUCUUCAUCGUCAUCCAAGUCAUUCUCCUUGUGGAUCUGGCUCACCGAAUGGCAGAGUUCUUGUUGGACAAAGCCGAAGAAUCUGAGAACAAGUGCUGGUACUUUCCUAUGCUGAUGGUGACUGUGAUAAUAGAUCUCUUGGCUCUGAUUGGCAUUGCCCUAAUGUACGCCUACUUCACUGAGUUGGAUAGCUGUUCCCUGAACAAGUUCUUCAUCACGAGUACGCUGUUUCUGAGCGUGGUUGUGUCUGUCAUCGCAAUCCUGCCUUGGAUCCAGCGAGGUGGGCAUGUCUUAUCACAUUAGCACUGUUCCCCUAAGUCUUUUCUCGAUAUGCUCUCUCUUUCUCCCGCUCUCUCUCUCUCUUCCUCUCUCUCCCUCUCUCUGUUGUUCUCUGUGAGAGCAGUCCAGCCCAAGUCAGGUCUGCUCCAAGCUGCAGUUGUGUCUGGCUACUGCACCUACCAAACUUGGUCGGCCAUUUCUACUGAACCUUACGGUCCAGACCGGGACUGUAACAUCGGUGACAGCACAUUUGCAGUGUUCUCCGGCAGUGGAAAUGCACUGGCAGCUUCCAUUGUGGGUAUUCUUGUCCUCCUUGUCACAGUCGCCUACGUUUGUUUUACGCUAUCGAGCUCGGAACAGCUGAGGAAGUUCAGAGGGGGAAGUAAAGACGAAAACGAGGUUAGUUCUCCGUCAGUGUUUCUUAUUGUGUCUGUGUGAAUGUGUGCUAUUCUCUCUCUCUCUCUCUCUCCACUCCAAAUCUCUUUUCUCAUCUGUCUAUCUUCUAUUUCACGUGUUUGUCACCGUAACCAGAGCUCUCUGCUAGGAAAUGAAAAUGUGUAUAUUCGUAAGUUUACUAACAUUCUUUCUUUUCGCUCUUCUUCCCCACUCCAUGCACACGCUCCUUACACACCCCCUUCAAUGGUUGUGUAAUAAAACAACUCUUACUUUCUCUGAUGGCACGCGAUGAUGAUGAUGAUGAUGAAAGGGGUCUUUGCUGUGCUGUGAUUGUCUUCCAGAUGACAAGGGAGACGUGGAGGGCGGAGGAGGAGGAGGAGGGGGAGAAGAUGAGGAGGAGAAGGGAAAAUGGAGGAUGACGAGUGUUAAUGAUGAGGAGGAGAGGGUCACCUACAGCUAUUCAUUCUUCCACUUCCUCAUGCUCAUAUCAGUACUGUACCUCAUGAUGCAGCUUACCAACUGGGCCGAUCCCGGAGAGGCGGACACGGAGCAUUUCCAGAACUCGUGGGCCUCUGUCUGGGUGAAGAUGGCUACCGUGUGGACCUGCUUCGGCGUGUACGUGUGGACCCUCAUUGCUCCGUUGGUGUUGGGGAGUUGCCGCGAGUUCGACUACGCCGAUGAUUGAGCCACACACCAGGGGCCCACUCUUGAAAAGAGAACACUGCAUAAAAUCGUCAUGUUUUGAGGACACUAAUUGUGUGUAUUUUAGUCCCGUAUAAUUAUGUAUAGCUGAUUGCGUUAUGUUGUGGACCGUCGGCGCAUGCGCUAUGGGACCGAUAAGUUACGGAAAAUGCAGUAAAUUUGCUCCGCACACACGAGGUGGGGUAACGAUUUUGGGGAGGGCGACACGACUCACUCGAUCGAUUGAGACGGGAAAUGGCGACCUCCAGUUCUAAAAGCAGCAGUUCAGGGCCGGCAAACAAGCUGGAGUCGAUUCAUAAGGCGCUCCACGACUUCUUGCACACGCCCAGCGCCGCGACGCCCAUCUUCGAGCUGGUGGAGAAGAACGCCAAGAUAAAGAGAGAAUAUCUCUUCCUGGGUCUGGUGGCGUUCCUAGCACUCUACCUAGUCAUUGGGUAUGGAGCAGGGCUUGUGGUAAAUCUCCUGGGAUUCGUAUACCCUGCCUUCAAAUCUUGCCAAGCAAUUGAUUCGGAAGACAAAGACGACGAUACGCAGUGGCUCACCUACUGGGUGGUGUAUGCUGCAUUCGGGAUCUUAGAGUACUUCACCGACAUCUUCCUUGGCUGGGUUCCAUUUUACUUCCUGGCUAAAUGUGGAUUCCUGGUGUGGUGUAUGUUGCCGAUGGAAAACAACGGCUCCGUGGUGGUAUAUCGUCGACUCAUCAAGCCUUUCGUGAAGAAACACGAGAAGACCAUUGACUCUGCCUUCAAGACCACGCAGCAGUUGGCUGGAGAAGUUGCAUCUAAAGCAACCUCCAGGGCAAGAGAGAUGGUGGGAGAUAUUGAUCCUCUCGAGGCUGCCGCAAAAGCACGCGACAUCAUGCAACAAGCUGAAAGUAUGACGGGAGACAAGGAGAAGAAACAGGACUGAGGCCAGUAUUGGAAGGAGGUGGAGGGGAGGAUUAUGCACUUAGAGACUCUUUGCUAGUAAUAUAUACGUCUGGUGUGGCUCUGAUAGGUUUUACCAUAGCUGUGUGGAGCAUGUUGUUACCUACUGUAAUUAUAUACACAAUGUACGGUAAAUCACCAUUAUAUCAAUUUUGAGUUUGAUUCUGUGCAAAAUAUCAUGCAACCUGUGGAGUGUUGAAGCACAUAGAGUUCAGUGGCAAAUCGUAACGUGUGGCCCAUUCAGCUAUAGGUUCACACACUAGAUGUUAAGUCCUUGAGCUUUUUACUGUGUAUUGUAUAGCAUGUCUGUGAUUAAUACAUAUACUGACAAUGACGAUGUAGUAUGAUGGUGUGAGGCCAGGGGUGAGUGAAAGAAGAUGUUGUGGUAUCCGAAUGAGGGAGGAAGGAAAAUGGAACGACAGGAGAGGGCAGAGUGAAACAAGACAGAGAAGAGGGAGAGACAAAAGGGGUCAAAGUUGAUUAAAGAUAUCUGCCAUUGACGUGUCCAGCUGACUGAGUUCACUGAGACUGGUCCUCACCAGCUGGGUGGUGAUGGCCGACCAGCUGUCUCGGAGGACCGAUAAUUUCCUGUGGGCCUCCAAUGUGGUUGAGUGAAGAGAGGAGGUGAGAGAGCACGCCAGCUCCUGCCUCAUCACGUGGGCCUGUGGGCACAGAAUGAGGAGGACAAGGCCCCAAUAAUCCAUUGACUGGAGAGGUGGAGCUCACUCUGUCACUGGUGCUGUCAGUGAAGCCGUGAAGACCCACCAUACCCACAGGCUCUUCUGACCUGCCAACAUCAACACUGUGACUAGGAACUUCCCCACACACACACACACACAC